AUGAUCUGUUGGUUCUUGAUGUUUUUUGCGUUAUGCGUGACGACUUUCGGCUUGUGGUUGACCACCAUCAUCGUUUCCGUACCCUUGGCGUUUUUCUUGAGUGUGAUAUGUUUUGCUUACAUUGCCGUCGAAGAAAAAUCUGCUCUGUUCUUGGAAUCGUUGAAAAAAGACUCAGAGUACACAGUCUACAGUCUGUUUGAUCCCAAAACUAUAUCCACUAAAGAAAUAAUUGAAGAUUAUGUGAACUUGAGUGGUUCCGAGUAUAUAGAUCACCAGCUGUCGGACAUUAUGGACUACAUUCUAAGGGACUAUGUGUAUCCAUGGUAUGACAAAUUGAGCGACGAUGAAGAUUUUCCUAUUCAAAUACAUAAAUCAACUAGUUAUUUGAUCAGUUGCAUGGCCAAACGAUUACAACAGGUAGAUUUUCUGCAAUUCGUAUGCACAAACUUGUCGGAAGAAGUGGCCAAACAUAUUCGUAUUUAUAGAAAAUCUUUGAAAGCCACAACCUCAAAAAAUUCUGAAGAAGUUGAUUUUGAAACUAUAUUUUUCCAACAUGAACAAGAUGUUGAUCGAUUAGGUACAUCACAUGCAAAUGUCUGCUUGGAUGAGAAUUAUGAAAAAAAAUGGCUUAGGGAUAUAUCAGAAGCACUAAUAUACCACGUUACUCCUGAAAAUGAUUUCAAAUGUCGAACUAUACGCAUAUUGAUACGUGAAAUAAUAUCAAAUAAACUAUUUUUAACAACUAUAAACAUGCUUAGUAAUCCAGAUUAUGUUAACCAAUUAAUUAUAUGGCUGUGCAGCGACUAUCCAGUAACUAAUGAGACAUUUCUUACAGUAUUGAGAUCAACUAAAUCAAAUCAACAAUUAAAUGCUGUACACAGUUUAGUCAAAAAAGAAAUUAUGAAUCUGCGGUCAAGAGAUUCUGGUGAAUCAGAUAGCAGAGCAAAACAACAACUGAGCAGUCUUUUAUUUUUAUCCAAUUUAAUUAAGUCAAUUGUUAAUAGUAUUCCUCAACAAUCAGACAGAUCUUUAGAUUUUCUGUUGUCAUUUGAACAUUCCAUGUCCUCUCCGAAGAAUGAUUCAUUAUCUUUAAAGUGGAUUCUUGAAAGUAAAACUGCUCUACCAUACUUCAUUGAUUAUUUGACUACAAUAAAUUGUGAUAGUUUUAUAUCAUUUUAUAUUAAUAUUGAUGGUUGGAAACAAUUUGUACAUGAACAGAUGCAAAAUGUUAGUGGAGAUCCUAGUCAAUAUUCAUCAUCUGAUCUAGCAACAGUAGAUCAUAUUAGAGACGAAGCAAAAAAACUGUACUCCUUGUACAUUGGUCAAAAACCCGAUAUUCAUAAUGAACUUGGAGAUGAUCUAGUAAAAUCUUUAGCAAAGAAAAUUCAAGUUGAUCCAGUAGAUGAGACAUGGUUUGAUGAGGUUCAAAAUGCAUUGUACAAGACACUAUUAAAGCCUGAAAAAGGAAUUAUAUCUGGUUUCGGUAAGCAUGAAAGUUGUUCAAGGUUGAUAACUGAUUUGGAAAUGAAAUCAUUAGGUUCAGAAGACAUUUUUGAACCAGAAUUAGCUAUGCCUGCUUCUGAUUUUUUAAUACCAAUGGAUGCUGUACAGCAACUUUUUAAAGGAACUGGUGAUAAAGUAAGUGAUUUCCUCUCAGGUAGUAAAGCCUUGAGUCCUGGUCAAUCAGAAGAUGACAAGUCAAUAUUGUCAGCUGACAUAAUUGAAACUGGACUUGUGCAUGAGGGUGGUAAGACAUUUGGUGUUUAUGCAGUUUCCAUUACUAGAGUUUAUAUGUCUGGAAAAGAAGAAAACUGGCAUGUUUAUAAACGAUAUUCUGAUUUUUAUGAUCUCUACCAAAGAGUAAAAGAUAAGUAUUCAGAACUAGGUAAACUAUCAUUUCCAGCCAAAAAAACAUUUCAUAAUGCGGACAGACGGGUUUUAGAAAAGCGUAUGAUGAUGCUCAAUCAGUUUAUACAUAAUUUAUUGAAAUCGUCAACUGUUGCUAAUUAUCCUGGAAUACAAACAAUGGUUGAACAAUUCCUCGAACAAAGACCUGAAGACAAGAAAGCACUGUUAUCUGGUCAUCUUGUCAAGACUGUCGAUAAUCUCUUGUUCAACCCAUUGAAGGUUGUUGGAAACGUUGUAAAAACUGUACCUGAUAAUAUAUUUAAUACUGUUGAUGGCGUUAUGGACAAUAUCAGCAAAGUACUUGGUCCAUCCAAACCUGUUAAUAGAAUGUUGGUUGAGGAAGAUGAUGACAAUAUGCCCAUGCGUGCAGUGUUGCUAUUAUUAACAGAAGUGUUUGAAGUAGAUGAGCAACAACAAUGGCUUCGGAAACGAUUUGUCAUGUUGUUACAACAUAUUAUUAGGGCUUCAUUUGGUCAUGUAGUUAACAGGAGGUUCAAAGAGUAUGUGGCGACUGUCACUGAUCCUUACAGGGUGUCAUUGUUGAUUGCUGCGAUCAAAAAUUCAUUGUGGCCAGAUGGUGUACGUGCUACAGAAGUACAAUUUCGAGACGCAGAAGUACAGCUUAGAACACUUGUGGCUGCUAAAUGUGCACUUAUGUCUUCUGUGUCUGAUGAAUUGAAGCAUUUAAUGGGCAGCGACGUCACAAGGCGUGGAAUUUAUUUAGCCGUCAUAAUGCUCCAGCACAAAACCCUUAACAAACGUUUGGCUUAUGUUUUGGCUAGUUCAUGUUUUUUGUUAAUUUUUCCAAAUUUUAGUGGCCUUAUUGAUAAAUUACACAAAAACCCUCCUAUAUUAAGCCGAAAUUAG